AUGUGUAAGUGUGUUGCUGGAUGUGCGGAUUCACUGUCUAUAUUUAGAAAAGCAUACCCAAACAGGAAGUCUUACAAACAGGAAGACCUUGCAAAGGAUCUAUUGGGAGCUUCAUACUGUGCUCAUAAUGCUUCAGAAGAUGUCUCGAUUCUUGGUAAACUUAUUCACCACUUGGACAUAUUAUCUGUUGAUCUGCUGCCACACACAUUUUCAACAAAAUCUGUGUACAAUUCCCAGUUGUGCAGUCGGGAAAAAGCAAAGAAUUUGCCGUCACUUAGAGUAUUGAUUUAUAAUAGUGUGUGUAAGUUAACUACAGCCGAGAAUAUUGCUGCGUCCGGCUUGAACCUACAACAUCUAAGGUGCAUCUUUAAGCGCCAAGGCGAAGAUGGUCUUCGGAACAUUUUCGUGAUGAAGAACUGUGACGGUCAGCCACGAGUAACUAAUACUAAAAGAACAUUAGAAACUGUUAUCCCUGCCCUUGCACAGUAUUUUUCAAGGAAUUAG